GAGCAAACCUUUGUGGGGGACAAGUCUCUUCUGGGAAGAAAAGGGACUCAUCGGGGAGAGGGGUCACUGACACCCCACUCCUCUUAAAGGGUUCUCUUGGGUUCAGGGGUCCUGUGGCUCUAACCUGCCUCUGCCAGGAACCUACUGCAGGUCUGGGCAUGGCACACUGUUCACUACCUUGGUCCUGGUGUCUCCAGUGUAUUUUCUUGGCUUAUCAGCUUCUCCCAGCACCCAGGUCAGUCAUCAGUGAUGCUGGAGAGCAGCUCCCAGUCAGGCAGACUUGACACAGGAUGUUCUGCAGGGCUGGCAGGAGUUGGGCAGAUGCGUGUCCCACAGGGAGAUCCCUGCUGCCUUUGUCACUGCCCCCUCCUGAGCGGCAGGUUUGCUUUAAAGACCCUGGCUUCCUUUUAUUACUUCCCCUCUCAAAUUUCAACUGGUUGCAAGCGCUAUUUUUAGCAGCCUGCUUUCUAAAAAUAGCCCUGAGCUGUUUGGAGUUGCGUCACAAGAGGUAAUUCUCGCCCCUGAGUGGCUUGGCCUCUGCACCCCAGGAGGGUACAAAAGGAGGCCAGGAGCAGCAGGGUCAGCAGGUUCAGCCAUAGCCGGAGGGGAAGGAGGCAGCGGUUCCCUUCCAGCUCCAGGCCAUCCCAGACCCGGCAGCAUGACCAUCUUCUGCAGCCACUGCCACCGGCCACUGCAGGCAGAGAUGAGCUGCCUGCCUGCGAGGGCCAAGCAGGCGUCCAGCGCCCCGAGGCCGUUCAGGUCAACCAAGAGUGCUUCCAAGGCUCGCCGAGACCAGAUCAAUGCGGAGCUGCAGGCACUGCGCUCCCUGCUGCCCAUCUCUGCGCAGGAAAAGGAGCGGCUCUCCUACCUGCACACCAUGGCCCUGGUGUGCCUCCGGCUGCGGGGGGCUCAGCUGUUCCCUCCAGGCUUGGCUCCUCCUAUGGGACCGGCCCUUGGCACAGAACUACUCUCCCUGCUCCCGGGGUUUCUGCUUGUGCUCUCAGCAGACAGCAAGCUGGUCUACAUCUCAGAGAAUGUGGCUCAGGUCCUGGGCCUCUCCGUGGUGGAGCUGCUCGCCCAGGGGGACACGGUCUUUGACAUCCUGGAUGGGCGAGUGGGAGAGGAUGUGCACAAGAAGCUCCUCCUUGCCCAGGAAGAGCCUGGCAGGGAAGUCACUUUUGUCAGCGAGAUGCGCACGUCCAAGGCCUUCCGGCUGCAGCACGGGGGCAAUCGGGUGGUGGCAGUGUGCGGGCGCUUUGUGGCCUUGCACUGGCCACCCUCCCCCUCCACCACAGCCUUCCUGGCUCUCUGCACACCCCUUGUGCAGUCACCCACAGAUGGCGAAGCUGCUUCCCAGGAUGACAUAUUCCAGAGCAUGCAUCUCCUGGACAUGACGUUUAUUGAUGUCACGGAGAGUGUCACCUACCACCUAGGCUACCACCGGGAGGAGCUGGUCGGUCAGUCGUGGUACAGUCUCCUGCACCCUGAGGAUGCUGACCUGGCAGCUGCCCAGCACAGGGCCGUGGCGCUGGGGGCCGGGCCCGGGCCGGCAGCGGGGACCUCCGUGCUGCGAGUGCUGCGCAAGGACCGCGCCUGGAGCUGGCUGCGCGUGUGGGCGCGGCGGGACGGCGGCUGCAUCACCUGCACCUGCCGCUGCCUUAGGGAGGAGGAGGCGGCCCACCUGCGCGCCCGGCAGCCCCGCGCCGCCGCCCCGCCCGCGGGCCGGGAUCUCGGCCGGCUGGCCGAGCAGCUCCGCGCCUUGGCCGACAGCCUCUCGCCGCCCGCCACCGCCACUCCCUGCCGCUGGCCUCGUCCCGAAGAAGCCGAGGACGAUGCCUCUGUCUGCCUUGGGAACUCUCUGCUGCAUCACCCUGCCCAGUUCCUUCGGUUUCCUUUCGAACAGAAAAUAGGGUACAACAUUCCAAGCGUGCUCUCACAGGUGUCGAGUGUUCAGAGGUGCUGACACCCCUUGGUCUGCCGGUUGUACUUGUCCUAAUGCAGGCCGCUGUGUGUGACCACAUUUCAGCCUGCUGGUCACUUCUGACAGCUGCAGCUGAUCCAGUUGGAGGCCAUGGCAAACCUUCGUUCCGUACACUUGGUGCUCGAAUUAGAAACUUAGUCUGGGCUGCGAUAAAUCCGGCAUCAGGACGGCUCAGUCCAACAGCGCAAAGGGAUCCAUAUCUUGCACUUAAAACCACUUACUUACUACUUAGCUGUAUAUUGCCAGGGCCUUUAUGUACGUGACCCACUCCUCAGAAAGGAAGGAUUUUUGCUUAAAAAAAAAAAAAAAAAAAAAAAAGGAAAAA